UCUUCCCCUAUAUUCAAACUGGAUAAAGGCGCUUUAAAUAACGAAAACGAAACGAACUACCGAACUGAAAAACACACCGGACACUGACGUAACGUUAGUAGUUCUGUGUCGGAUUGACUUCAGGAUCACACUCACAGCAUGGCAUUUCAAAUGUCAACUCUCUCUUCGCGUAUCAGAGCCAUAGGUCCAUUUUCCCGCUGUCGUAGUGGUGACUUUCAUACUAGUGAUAUCGGUGUGUGCUCCAAAUUUAGAAACAUUUUCGGUGUUGGAAAUCGUCAGGUGUAUUCGCUAGUGCGAAGUGGGCAGAGUUCGGCGAACUCCAGCCCUGCAAAGUGCAAGGCCAUUCUGAACCCAGGGGGUAUUCAUUUUGCAAACCGUGUGGAGAAGUUUUCAACAACUACAGCUGCCGCGAAGUCGUUUGAGUCGUUUCAGGGGCAAAACAAGGCCUCGACCUCCGGGGGAAAGUACGGUUCGUUGUACCGGAUCGCCCUCGCCGCGCUUGGGGUGACCACCGCGGUCGUGUCCCUGCACGCAAGUGCCCAUCUCGCCAUGGCGACGGGAUUGGAGCGGCUAAACCUUGACUCAGCCAAAGGCGACUGGAACGAGGUGAAGGCUGCCUUGCUCCAUAUGAGUCAGGAGGAGAGAAGGAAGCACUACAGGACUACCUACGUGUCCCUGGAGGAGGUGCCUGUGUGGACCGCCAAGUCACUAGUGGACAGAGGUGAUUCAGUCAAGGCGACCAAAUUCAAGAGGAACGAAGCUCUGGACAAGAAGAUCUCCCUGUUCAGCGGUGACAUCACCAAACUGGAGAUUGAUGGGAUCGUCAAUGCAGCCAACAAGACCCUGUUGGGGGGAGGAGGAGUGGAUGGUGCGAUCCACCGCACGGCCGGCCCCCUCCUGAGGUCCGAGUGUGCUGAGCUUCGAGGGUGUGAGACGGGAGAGGCUAAGAUUACAGGGGGCUACGGCCUGCCUGCCAAGUAUGUGAUCCACACAGUGGGGCCCAUAGCGAUGGGGGAAGUGGGGGAGGAGGAGAGGAGCCGCCUCAGGGACUGCUACCGUCACAGCCUGCAGAAGGCCACUGAUACCAAGCUACGCACUGUGGCGUUCCCUUGCAUCUCCACUGGAAUCUACGGAUACCCACCUGAGCAGGCUGUGCACGUCGCGUUGGAGACUGUCAGGAAGUACCUGGAUGAACACCAUGAGAAGCUGGACAGAGUCAUCUUUUGUGUGUUCCUGCCCACUGAUAAGGAGCUGUACCUGAAAAACCUCCCUCUCUACUUCCCUUCCGCCUGCUGAUCAGAGCGCCCUGUUCGAACACAGGCUCACCUGUGAAGAGUAAACUCUGAAAGAGAGACGUGUGGAGUUGUGCAAUAUGCUCCUCCUCUUCCUCCUCUUCCUCCUCUUCCUUUCCCCCCACUGGCUCUGCACUAGAGAAGACCUGGGUGCAUAUCUUAACGCUGGAUGAAUGUCUAGAACUGAAUAAACUGCUUUAUUAUCAAUGAACCUCAGGCUUCUGACCAAACUCAUCUGACGAGCUGUUUGUACAUGUUUGAAUAAUGAGAUGUUGGGAACUUUGUGUGUGUGGGAACCAGAAGUCCCCACAAGAAUAGUAAACAAACAACAAUUUGACCAUCUGGGGACAUUUUGUUAGUCCCCACAGGGUCAAAUGCUAUUUCUAGGGGGUUUAGAAUUAGUGUCAGGAGCUAGAGUUAAGGGUAGGUUUUGGGAAAAUAGGUUUUUGAAUGAGACUGAAUUGUGUGCCCCCACAAGGUUAGCUGUACAAGAGUGUUUGUGUGUGGAGAAGAAGAAGCUAAUUAAAAGAGAUCACAGAGGAUUACGUGUUGGCAUUUUGGGGGAUUGGAUUGGAUUCACUGAGUUUGUCAGGUGGGACCACUCCCAGUGAGUCCUUUCGUCUUUAGUGUGCGUGUGUGUGCGUACGUGCGUUUGAGUGUGUACGUUUGUGUGUCUGACUGAGUGCGACUGCCUACCUGAAAAUGUGUGUUGUCAUUCUCAGACAGACCAGGUGGUGGUUUGUUUGUUCCUGUCACCCCACCCUGUGCUCCCGCUUUCAUGUUUAGACAAUUUUCUUUAUUGAUUUUCACAUUUUCACAAUAGCACAAAAAUAAAUAAUCAAUGCUGACAA